CGAAGCUUAUAUAGAUCAUGGAAGAUAGAUAAUAAGUGACACAAGAAGAACGAAAUCUAUAUAAGGUAAAAGAAAAGAUAUUUAUACAGGAACACCGCAACCUGAAAAUGGAGCUCUCUUUGCAUACCAUCAUUCCUGUUGCUUCAUUAUCUACUCGAAGCGGAUGCAAGUUUAAAGACCAUAACACGUUCCAUAGAAGUUCAUACAUCUUAUUUCCCACAAAACCAAAAGAAACCCUGAUACCAAAUGGGUUGCCGGAAACCGCCGCUUCUGUAGCAGUCGCCGCGACGGUGGUGGGCGCAGCCGCCACCCUUUUGGCAAGAAGAACUAAGUCCGUAGAGGCAGCUAAUGCUACUCCAACACGACCUUGUGAAGAUUGUGGUGGUUCUGGGAUUUGUUCAGAAUGCAAAGGUGAAGGAUUUGUGGUGAAAAGAAUGUCGGAUUCAAGUGCUGAAAAAGCAAGAUUGAAUGCGAAGAACAUGGCUACUAGAUACACAGCCGGGCUACCGAAGAAAUGGAGCUACUGUACAAAAUGCUUGUCUGCUCGAUCUUGUAAAUCAUGCGAUGGGAGUGGAAAGUUAAGCUUUUAGUUCCACGAAACUUUGAGGGAUUCUUGAAGAUGACCUCCUGCUGCAAUUUGUUUGAAGUUAUUUGAUGUAAAGAUAGUUGUUUUCUAUUUGUAAUGUCAUUAUGGGAAUCGAGGAUUCUGUUUGCAAAA